AAACAAUUAAAAAAAAAAAAGAAGAAAACAAAAACCUCUAGAAGUCACUCCCUUUUCUCUCCCGUCCCUGCGUCAAUCUCAGGCCGCUUUCAAAAACCUCUCUCGAUAUUUAUAAAACUGCCUCCCAUGCGCUCUGCAAAACCUCUCGCCACAAAUUUGUUUUCCCUAGUUUUUCGUCCUCCAUUGAUUCAGUCUCGUGCCGAGCCCAUCUUUUAAUUGAACUGGAAUUUCCGCAUCCUCUCCGCCAUGGCUGCCGAGAAGUUGAGGGACUUGAGUCAGCCUAUUGACGUCGUUUUACUCGAUGCCACGGUCGAGGCUUUUUACGCUACCGGAUCUAAGGAAGAAAGGGCUUCUGCGGAUAAUAUCUUGCGGGAUUUGAAAGCCAAUCCUGAUACUUGGCUUCAAGUAGUUCACAUUCUACAAAGCACCAGGAGUACACAUACCAAAUAUUUCGCCCUCCAGGUGCUAGAAGGUGUUAUAAAAUAUAGGUGGAAUGCAUUACCCGUUGAACAACGGGAUGGAAUGAAAAAUUAUAUAUCUGAAGUCAUUGUGCAGCUUUCAAGGGAUGAAGCAUCUUUCAGAUCGGAAAGGCUUUAUGUCAACAAGUUAAACGUCAUCCUGGUUCAGAUCGUGAAACAUGAGUGGCCGGUGAAGUGGAGAAGCUUUAUUCCCGAUCUAGUUAAAGCUGCUAAAACUAGCGAAACUAUCUGUGAGAAUUGCAUGACUAUUUUGAAACUCCUGAGUGAAGAGGUCUUUGAUUUCUCAAGAGGAGAGAUGACUCAGCAAAAGAUAAAAGAGCUGAAACACGAGUUUCAACUCGUUCACGAGUUAUGCCUAUAUGUUCUCUCAGCUUCCCAAAGACCAGAGCUUAUACGUGCAACACUCUCUGCAUUGCAUGCCUAUCUUUCUUGGAUUCCGUUGGGAUAUAUUUUCGAGUCACCCUUGCUGGAGACCCUCCUUAAAUUCUUCCCUGUGUCAGCAUAUAGGAAUCUCACUCUUCAAUGUCUGUCAGAGGUUGCAGCUCUUAAUUUUGGGAACGGCUACAAUGCGCAAUAUGUCCAGAUGUACACCAUCCUCAUGAAUCAGUUGCAGGAUUUUAUCCAGAACUUGGCAUUGUUUUUCACAUCGUUUUUCAAGUUACAUAUAAAAGUCCUAGAAUCUACACCCGAAAAUAUUUCUUUACUACUUGCGGGUCUGGGAUAUCUCAUUGGCAUUUCAUAUGUUGAUGACACUGAAGUAUUCAAGGUUUGUUUAGACUAUUGGAAUUCAUUAGUUUUGGAGUUGUUUGGGUCGCAUCAUCAUGUCGGUCACCCUGCACUAACUCCAAGUCUGUUUGGAUAUGGAUUGCAAAUGGCUUUCCUUCCUCGUACAGUUGAUGGCAUCAAAUUUGAAGCCACAGAGCGGCAAAAGCUUUAUUCUGACCCAAUGUCAAAAUUAAGAGGGCUCAUGAUUAGUCGCAUGGCUAAGCCUGAGGAAGUGCUAAUCGUUGAAGACGAAAAUGGGAACAUUGUCCGUGAAACAAUGAAGGAUAAUGAUGUUCUUGUCCAGUAUAAGAUAAUGCGGGAGACAUUAAUCUACCUCUCACACCUUGAUCAUGAUGAUACCGAAAGACAGAUGUUGAGUAAGCUAAGCAAACAGUUAAGCGGGGAGGAAUGGACGUGGAACAAUCUGAACACUUUAUGCUGGGCGAUUGGGUCUAUUUCUGGUUCCAUGGAUGUCGAGCAGGAAAACAGAUUUCUAGUGAUGGUUAUUCGUGAUUUGUUAAGUUUAUGUGAAAUCGUCAAGGGGAAAGACAAUAAAGCUGUUAUUGCAAGCAACAUCAUGUAUGUUGUUGGGCAGUAUUCAAGAUUCUUAAGGGCCCACUGGAAGUUUCUGAAGACAGUUGUUCAUAAGUUGUUUGAAUUCAUGCAUGAGACGCAUCCUGGUGUUCAGGACAUGGCUUGUGAUACGUUCCUAAAAAUUGUUCAGAAGUGCAAGCGCAAAUUCGUUAUUGUUCAGGUCGGGGAAAAUGAGCCAUUUGUAUCUGAACUUCUAUCAGGCCUUGCUACAAUUGUUGGAGAUCUUGAGCCUCAUCAGAUUCACACUUUUUAUGAAUCUGUUGGUACCAUGAUCCAGGCAGAAUCAGAUCCUGAGAAGAGGGGUGAAUACAUCCAGAGGUUGAUGGCUCUCCCAAAUCAGAAAUGGGCAGAAAUUAUAGGACAAGCACGUCAGAGUGCAGAUACCCUCAAGGACCCAGAUAUGAUACGUACUGUGCUUAAUAUCCUCCAGACAAAUACGAGAGUUGCAACAUCAUUAGGAACACACUUCUUGUCUCAAAUUUCGUUGAUCUUCUUGGAUAUGCUGAAUGUUUACAGAAUGUACAGUGAACUCGUGUCAAGCAACAUUGCUAAUGGUGGCCCAUAUGCGUCAAGGACAUCGGUUGUUAAACUUCUAAGGUACAAGAAUGUAAUGCAAAAUGAGGUGCCUCGCAUUUUUGAAGCUGUUUUCCAGUGCACUUUGGAGAUGAUCACUAAGAAUUUUGAAGAUUAUCCAGAGCACCGCCUCAAGUUUUUCUCGUUACUUCGUGCUAUUGCUACAUUUUGCUUCCCUGCCUUGAUACAGUUGUCAAGUGAGCAACUGAAGCUAGUGAUGGAUUCAGUCAUCUGGGCAUUUAGACAUACUGAAAGAAAUAUCGCUGAAACUGGGCUGAACCUCUUGAUCGAGAUGCUGAGAAAGUUUCAGAAAUCUGGCUUCUCGAACCAAUUCUACCGGACAUACUUUAUGCAAAUUGAGCAAGAAAUAUUUGCCGUCUUGACCGACACCUUCCAUAAGCCUGGGUUCAAGUUGCAUGUGCUGGUGCUACAACAUCUAUUUUCCCUGGUUGAGAGCGGUUCUUUGACGGAACCUUUGUGGGAUGCUACAACGGUACCUCAUCAAUAUCCAAAUAAUGCUGCCUUUGUUCGUGAAUACACUAUCAAGCUUCUAGGCUCAUCAUUCCCCAACAUGACUGCAUCAGAGGUGACACAAUUUGUGAAUGGGCUUUACGAAUCAAGAAGCGACCUUGCCAGAUUUAAAAAUAAGAUACGAGACUUCCUUGUACAGUCCAAGGAAUUUUCUGCUCAGGAUAACAAAGAUUUAUAUGCUGAAGAAGCCGCUGCUCAAGUGGAGAGCGAGCGGCAAAGAAUGCUUUCGAUUCCUGGACUUGUUGCUCCCAACGAGAUUCAAGACGAGAUGGCUGAUUCAUAAAAUACUUCUUAGCAAGAAUUUUUCAGUGAAAUUUGAUAUUUUGGGUUCUUUUUUAGAUAAGCAUAAGCUUCAAAAACAGUAUUUCAGUUUCUUUUUGUAGAGCUGCUUCCUCAUUACCUCAAUAGAAAAGAGAAGUGUUAGGGUGGGCUUGGGCUUUGUGCAGCUUUUUGCAUUACGAUCUAGAACUUGUCUAGUAUUCUUCUUCUCUGGAUGGUUUUAUUCUCAUCAAUGAAAUCUUUUUCGGAGCUCAAAAUUACUAAUUUUUUUUUAAUAAAUG